UCUUUUGCUUUGGUCACAACUCACCGAUAACUCAAGCCUUCAUAUUCUCUACUGAUACAGUUUCCUCAAGCAACCAAAAUCUGAUACCUGUUUUCUGAAGAUUUUACAUCAACAAGAAGAAGACUAUGGCUAUUCGCUUGGCGGGUAAUCUCUCUAAGCAAAUUCUUCGCCGGUCUGUAUUUGCUCCAAAUAAAGCAGCUUCAAGAAGUUCAGAAGUACCCAAAGGAUUCUUAGCAGUUUACAUUGGAGAGCUUGAAGAGAAGCGAUUUGUCGUUCCAAUAUCUUAUCUAAGAGAGCCUUCAUUUCAAGAUUUGUUAAGCAAAGCUGAAGAAGAGUUUGGCUUUGAUCAUCCAAUGGGUGGUUUGACAAUUCCUUGCAGAGAGGAAGCUUUCCUUCAUGUCACUUCCAACUUGAAGAGCAGAUCUUAAGAGUAGACAGUCAAUUAAUUCACCAUAGAACACAAUUUUGUAAGGCAGGAAUUGCCUGUUGAGUGUAAAUAUGUAUUACAGAAUCAAAAACGAUAAUACUAAAUGAGAAAAAUCAUUACGGGAAAUUUCUUGUACGUA